AUGGAAGCAAUUUCAAUAUUUUCAGAUUAUCAAUUACAAUUUUUUAAAAGAAUUGGAAUGAAACCAAAACCAAUUGAAACAUUAGAUGAUGUUUCAGAUGUAAUGAAAGCAUGCUCAAAUGUAUUUUCUUUUGAGAAUUUAGAUAUUGUAUCUAAUUCAUGUGAACCUUUAAAUAAGGAUGUAUUAAUAAAACAAGUAAUAUGUAAUAAUCAAGGUGGACUAUGUUAUAAAAUCAACACUUUAUUAUAUCAUUUUCUUUUAGAAUUUGGUUUCAAAAUUCAUAUAAUUAGAGGUAGUGUUGAAAAUCAAGAAACUCAUUCAGAUUGGAAUAUUCCAACUGGUCAUAUGAUUAAUAUAAUUAAUUUUGAAAAUAGGUUAUAUGUUGUUGAUGUUGCAUUUGGAUGUAAUCUUUCAUUGAGACCAAUUCCAAUUACAGAUGAUGGUAGUGAAGUAGUUGAAUCCUGCACAGGUUUAUAUCGUGUUCGUAAAGUUGAAAAUUGUGUUUCUGGAAAAUAUAAUUAUACACAUAUUCUAGAACAUAGGAAAUUGGAUAGUUUUUUAAUUGAAUCUGGAAAGACCUGGGUGACAGGUUAUGCAUUUGAUCCAUUAUUAAUUGUUGAUAAUAAUAAUAAUAAUGAAAAAACAACCCACCAAACACUUGUACAACAAUUAGUAAUUGAUGAUCCAACUAAAGAAUUUAGUACUAAACCUUUGGCUACUAAAAUUGUAAAUGAUGGUUCAUCAUUCUCUAUUGCAACUUUAACUGCAAAUUCAUUCACACUUACAGAUUGUAAAACUGGUCAAAAAACUAAAACCAAUUUUGAUAAUGAUAAAUCAUCAUUUGAACAAUUUAAUCAACAUUUAAUUUCAAUUUUUAAUUUACCACCUUUAAAAACAAUUCCGCCAAUAUUUUUAAAUUAA